AUGAGCAGCUCAAUUCCAUCGACUACUGCCCCCAGUACGUGGCGAAAACGUAUGGGACGUCAACAACAACCGACUAAUAGUAAUUUUGGCUCAUGGUUUGUCAAUAAAUUCGUGAGUAGUAUCAGCAGUGGCAAGCACAAGAAUAAAUUACUCCGGGAACAUGACGAAGAGACGGCACAGAACAUUCGACGACGUCCUGUGGGAACACUUAGUGCCGUAACAAACCAGCAACAAGCCAAUGCAGCACGACGGGAAGAAUUAGGACGUCCAAAACCCAUGAGACAAAAGAGUUUUUUACGUCAACAGCUGCAGGAAAUGAAGCGACAGUCUGCUGAAACGUUGCAGCUUGUUCAAAAGAGAAUGAAUGGAGAAUUAAUAGAAGAAGAAGAAGAUGAUGAAGAAGAAGAUGAUGAUGAUGAUGAAGAGAUUAUAUCUUUUUUUGAAGAUGAGGACCAAGGAUUUCAUGUGGUUGAUGACCCGGAAGAUAUUCGAAGGGGGAGUCUAAGCAGUAACCCUGCAACAUCUCAAAGCUCGUCAUCUAGGAGAUCCAGUACCUCGUCACAUCGUCAAAGUGUUGUAGAAGAACAACAGGAACGAAAAGAUGAACUUAUAGCUCAUGAAGCCCACAGACAUGACUAUGCAGACGAAGUAAAUCGACGUAUGAGUCAAGCUAGUCAACUCUAUGCUGAAGCCAUUACUGCAAUGGACUAUGCGUUGCAUCCGGAACGACGUCGACGUCAACCGGAUCAUGAACCGUCGCCAAAGCCACUACUUCUUGGAGUGAAGAAAGGAAGCGCAAAUAUGCCCAAAAGCGAAUGGAUUUGA